UUUAGAAUGCAUGAGUUGUAAUGAAUGUAUUGGUACUUUUACUCAAGUAAAGCAUCUGAAAACUUCCAAGACCAAAUAAAAUGUAUAUGUUUCUGAGCGACAUGUUGUGCUUCUUCCUCUCACAGAUUUGGCUUUGUGCACGACAAGGUUUCAGCUUCUGCCUUCAACUUCCCGUCUGAGAACAAGCCCCAGUAUGUCCACGUCACAGGCACCAUGUUCCUGCAGCUGCCCUACUCCAGGAGGAAGUUCUCCAGCGGGCAGCAGCGGCGGCGCAGGAACUCCAACAGCUCCAACAGCCAGGGGCCGUACGGCAGCGAGGAGCGGGUGGGCUACUACUGGGCCUACAACACCAUGCUGACCAAGGCCUGGAGGACGGGGGUGCUGGGGGACGAGAGGCUAGCCGACCGGCUGCUGCGAGACUUCACCGACUUCUGCGCCAACAAAGACAACCGGCUGCUGCAGCUGUGGGAUGGCUGCCAGGAGAAGAUGAACGCCAGUGCGCCCUGAACGCAGCUUCAGAUCUUUUACUAAAGUAAAGUUACUAAUAUCACGGUGUAGAAAUUAUCUUCUACAAUUCCUGGAUUUUUGUUUUUUACUUCAAAGAAGUACCAAAAGCAUCGAUAUGUUUGAAGUACCAAAAGAAUCGAUAUGUUUGAAGUACCAAAAGCAUCGAUAUGUUUGAAGUACCAAAAGAAUCGAUAUGUUUGAAGUACCAAAAGCAUCGAUAUGUUUGAAGUACCAAAGGCACCAAUAUGUUUGAAGUACCAAAAGCAUCGAUAUGUUUGAAGUACCAA